AUGGCGUUUCCUCGGACGUCCUCCAUCGUGCUGUGGUUCUCACUCAUCCUCUUUGUUUAUUGGACGACCUCGGCUGCUGAGUCACAUGACCCUUCACCUGCUGACCUCUCAGCCCUUCGCAGGCUCAAAAGAGAGCUGGAUUCAACCACCAAAGAACGGGUCCAGAGUGGGUUCCAGGUGGGCGUCGACUUCCUGACCACGGUCACAGACGUGACGAACCGAAUCCAACCUAAGAAGCUGGAGUCGGUGUUCAAGGGCCUGGCCGACUUUGCCAGUUUGGCGCCUGGUAUCGGAAGUCUGGUCAUCUCAAUUAUCAAUGUGAUUUUGGCCUUCAUCCCUCAGCACAAUGAGCUGAGGAACGGCUUCAGCGAGGUCAACCGGAGGCUGGACUUGCUAGCCUUCCAGAUAUCCGACCUGGCCACAGACGUGGAGUGGUUCAACUUCGCCAGCGUCUACUCUCGAGAUGAGACUCGUAUCCUGAACGCCUGGAGGAAGUUAGAUGAGUUUCAGCAGAACCUCAGGCUGGUGACGAGUGAAGAGGAGAAGCUGAGGCUGGCCGAGAUCUUCGCCAACUUCUAUGAGAACUCAGGGACUGAGGGCAGCGUGGCCAACAUCUACCAUUACCUGACGGUCAGCGGCACGUCUCUGAGCAGGAACAUCAACAGCCUGUUGAGGGACAAGUUCAAGUGCAGAAUCAGUGAGAUAGGCCGCUUUAACCUGUACCUGAGCAGUCUGCUGUGGAAGGGCAUGGUCCUCAACCAGCUCUACUGGAAACUCAUCGGAUUCAGCUCAUCACAUAAACAGGACGAACAUAACCGCAUGUUCAAGAACGUCUUCAAAGCUCAGAACGAUGCUUUGCAGUUCUGUCUGGACAACUUUGAGCAGUACUUGGUUAAAGACGUGGAGGUGGUCAGCACCAGAUUUACCAAAGACCAAAAAGAGGACAUGGCUUUCAAGGUCCAAGAGACUCUGAAUGAGAAGUACUUCUGGUACAAGUGGAUAGUGGUGGUGUACGAGCAGAGGUAUGAGGACUACUACAAACUGAUUGAUAUGUGGCGUGUACCUGUGGGGGACCUGGUGGUGGCGGUGGGAUACACCUACAAGGAAACACUCCCAUAUGAUUUGCAACCUUGGAGGGCCCCGCAGAGAUGCUUUACUAAUACUCAGUGUUCAGACCUUAAACAGAAGUCCCUGGACUGUUCCGUCUUGGUGUCCACUGGAAAGUACGUACACGUGCCCGGGGUUCCAUACCCUAGGAAGGAAGUGAAAUUAAGAAACUACUCAGAUUAUACCAAAGUUUUGCAUUAUUACUAUCAUUAUGCUCCAGUGAUGGCGCCACGGCCUCUUACCGACAUGGUGGAGUGCACCCUCGAUGGUUAUACGUACACGGUGAACUUCUACCGGUCCAUACGGCUGCCGGUUUGUUCCUCACCUGACACCUGUCUGAACGGAGGCGUGUGCAGGCGGCUGAUGGAGUCCAAUGAACACCUAUGUGACUGUCCUGACGGUUACUAUGGAAACAGAUGUCAAAGCAACACCAGCAUCUACCAGAACAUUGACAUCAGUUCCCUGGUGCCGGACGUAACCACCCUCAACACCAAACUGGACCAGGUCCUUGACACCCGUCUGAAGCAGAUAGAGGACAAGCUGGACCGGACAGAGAAAAAGCUGGACCAGGUCUUGAGGACACGUCCGGCCCACUAA